AUGGGGGACGUGGUUUCCUCUCACCUGGACGAAAGCAAGCGGGAGAUGAUUACAGUGAAAACCAGAGAUGUGAUGAGACAGUUCAGUGAUGUGUACAAGCAGCAGUACGCCGUCGCCCUCUUCAACAGCGUCCGUUACGAGUUAGAAGGAGGAAGCGGGCCACAAUCACAAUUACUACAUCGAAAGGACCCUUUGGCUGGCCGUUCAAUCUUUUCCGGGAAUUUGUUCCAGUACCUUGAGGAGAAUCGCAAGUGGAGAAACCGCUUUGUUUCAGUGCCGAACAACUACAACAUCAACCUCUAUGAGAGUAAAACUGCACAUGAGCGGAGUCUGCAUCCCAAAGUAACUAUCAACUGUGCCGGCUACAAGGCCCUGACCUCCAUUGAAGACUAUAUUGAAUUGAUUAACAACAGUCUCCCAGAUGUCAAAGCCAAAUUGGGCAGCAGUCCUUUUAUCAGGUGUGCAACUCCGUUCCCCCUCAUCCUCUGGCACCCGUAUGCCCGCCACCAUUACUUUUGUGUGAUGACCGAAAAGGAGCAGCAGAAAUGGCACGCCGUCCUUCAAGACUGUAUCCGGCACUGUAACAAUGGUCUGCCAGAGGACUGCACUGUUCAGACACCCGCCUUCACUGAUAGUGUGAGACUGCAUAGACAAGCCGAAGGACACUAUGGGACCUGGGACAUGAUGUGUGGAACUCCUCCCCAGAUUCUGGCAAAUUUAGUGAUGGAGACUCUCCAUCCUGAACUAAGGGAUGCAAUUGGUCCUCGUCUGAAAGGAAAGAUGCAGCAAAGGCAGAGAGACUGGAUGUUUAUCUCAGACGCAGUUUACAGGCAAGUUUUGGCCCAGACCACCAACGAGUAUAAUUCUCUUGUUGAAGCCUGUGAGGUUCAGAAGGUUGAGCUGGAUGCCAGGCUGAGAACUGACAUGGACCAGGUCGUCACAUCUAAAGAACACAUUACCAGCAAAAUUCGAGCCCUGGUGUUACCCAAAGCUGAGUCUCUUCUGAAGAGGAGUGUCCAACCUUACAUCAGCUCCAUCUUAGAGGCCUUGAUGGAGCCCACCAGUCGAGGUUUCGCUGAAGUCAGGGAUGUUUUCUUCAGGGAGGUUGUGGACAUCAGCAAGAACCUGGUUAAUGGAGGAGACCAAGCAAAACUGGGGGAGCACAUGGAGAGGCUCUCUAUGCUCGCCUUCCAUCCAGUCAAAAUGAAAAGCUGCUAUGAUAAUGUGGAGGAGCUCAACCUAGAGGGACUACAGCAAAGGUUCGACGUCUCCAGCCCUUCUGUCUUUGUCAGCAGGGCUCAGAUCCUCAUGAGGGAGCAAAUGGACAAUGCAGUACACACUUUUGAGCAGCUGCUACAGCAGUCUUUGGCUUCCCAGGGAGAUAAUGACCUGUGCAAAGUCAUCCAAGGGUGCCAGGACCGGGUCCUCAAGAAGUAUGAUUAUGACAGCAGCACAGUACGUAAAAAGUUCUUUAGAGAGGCUCUGCUGCAGAUCAUAAUCCCCUACAUGCUGCAACAGCUCGCUCCAUCCUGCUCACCCGAGCUGCCACGUUUUAAAGAACUCGUCUUUGCUGACUUUUCCCGAUUCCUUCUUGUGGAGAAUAUGUUUGAGGAAGUCGUGCUGCAGUCUGUCACGAAGGACAUCAUGAUGGCUGUGAAGGAGGCUGCUGUCCAAAGGAGGCACAAUCUCUACAGAGACAGCAUUGUCAUGACCAACAGCGACCCCAACCUCCACUUGCUCGGCGAAAACCCCCCAGUGGACUGGGCCACUAAAUUCGGCAACGGUGAACCAGAAGGCUCCAGCGGUGACGGUGACGGAGGAUCUGGAAAUAGACGCAAGCAAGUUGUGUCCAUGAUCCAGCUAGAUGGAGUACCACUGCCCUACGAGUCCUGUAUGGAAAUUCCAGGUGUUGAGCUCAUCCCCGAGGAAGAUACCGUUGUGUCCGAUCAUUCCGAGGAGCCGUCUGAGGCCGACCUGCACGAGGGCCCCAAAUCUCCAGAUAGUGUGGAGGAAAUCCGAGAUCUGAUCAAUCCAGUGAUGGAAGUGGUGCUACCAGAAGAAGUCAAGAGUGAUGUGACAAAUGGGAUAGUCCCAACAUUGAGUACCAUCACACUUGAGGAUGGAGAGCAGGAGGAGGUGAGCCACGUCACCGCUAUAGUGGAGGACAUCCCUCUAAAAUCCCCGCAAGAUAAGAGAUCGGCAGAGUCACUCCUUCAGCAGCUCAUAGGAAACAAGAAACAGGAAGAUAAGGAGGAAGCAAAAAUUCAAAGAGCUAUUGAGGAAAUCGAUUUAGCAGUGCAAGGAGAGAGCGAACAAACUGUGGAGGUUUGCGCGGAAAAAACGGAUUCGUCACCACAGCUUCCAUUAGAUACAGACUCCAGCCCACACGAGGAGCCUCAGCUUGUCCAAAAGGAGGUCAACGGCAAGGAAAGUAUCAUUGACCCUGUUGAAGUGGAAGUUGGUGUAGCGUAG